CAGUAAGUGACGAUCAUCCGGAGGAGGGUCAAAGUGUCGGAGUACACGUGACCCGGAAAAUCUCACCUACAUCCUGUCUAACUCUUGCCACCAUCAAACCUCUCAUGAUCGAAGGCACUCCCUACCUGAUAGAUCAAUGGGUGGUCAUCUUUGAAACCACCGAUGACCCGGACCUAGAAAAGCACCUACCACGAUUCAACCACAUUUGGGAAAAUAAGGUUUCUACUGAAUGGAAAUCUGCCCCAAAAGUUUGCUACUUAUGUGACCAGGAAGGUCACAUAAAAAAAGACUGCAUCCAAUUUAGGGAAUUUAUUGAAUCUAGACAAAAUGCACACAUGAAUAAGGACCUGGGGAAUGUGAACAACAGCCCAGUAAAGGAAAUGGACACGGAGCUUUUAAUAACUCCUUCCCAGAAUAAAAAUACCACAAGCCUGACACCUUCCCAGAAUAAAAAUACCACAAGCCUGACACCUUCUUUGGAAAAUGAGAUAACAAUGGAGGAA